UCAUUUGUUUACAGUCUCGCCAAGGUUAUGGCCUCAGUCCUGUCCCCUAAGAGAUGGGAUCUUUGCCUAAAAGUUACUGAGAAAUGAAGACUGCAGAAAGCCGGAAAAUGUCCAAGCUUUUAGUGCGCUCUGACAGCCAAACAGAACGCUCUUUCCGUUUGCAGUUUUUUUUAGUGUCAUUUUAAGUUGCAGCUUCUGGCCAAUCAGCGAGCUCCAUGCCUGCUGACAUCACGAACCAGCCAGUUCCCUCCAGCUGCAGAGAGCUUCAGUUUGUCUUUUUUUUUAAACUAAAAUGGAGGCUGGUUUCUUGCCUUAAGGAGUCCAUUGCCUUUCCCGCUGGAGUCUAGAUGUUGACAUGUAAUAAAGCGGGCAGCAGGAUGGUGGUGGAUGCGGCCAACUCCAAUGGGCCUUUCCAGCCCGUGGCCCUUCUCCAUAUUCGAGAUGUUCCUCCUGCUGAUCAAGAGAAGCUUUUUAUCCAGAAGUUACGUCAGUGUUGUGUCCUCUUUGACUUUGUUUCUGAUCCACUAAGUGACCUAAAGUGGAAGGAAGUAAAACGAGCUGCUUUAAGUGAAAUGGUAGAAUAUAUCACCCAUAAUCGGAAUGUGAUCACAGAGCCUAUUUACCCAGAAGUAGUCCAUAUGUUUGCAGUUAACAUGUUUCGAACAUUACCACCUUCCUCCAAUCCUACGGGAGCAGAAUUUGACCCAGAGGAGGAUGAACCAACGUUAGAAGCAGCCUGGCCUCAUCUACAGCUUGUUUAUGAAUUUUUCUUAAGAUUUUUAGAGUCUCCAGAUUUCCAGCCUAAUAUAGCGAAGAAAUAUAUUGAUCAGAAGUUUGUAUUGCAGCUUUUAGAGCUGUUUGACAGUGAAGAUCCUCGGGAGAGAGAUUUUCUUAAAACCACCCUUCACAGAAUCUAUGGGAAGUUCUUAGGCUUGAGAGCAUACAUCAGAAAACAGAUAAAUAAUAUAUUUUAUAGGUUUAUUUAUGAAACAGAGCAUCACAAUGGCAUAGCAGAAUUACUGGAAAUAUUGGGAAGUAUAAUUAAUGGAUUUGCCUUACCACUAAAAGAAGAGCACAAGAUUUUCUUAUUGAAGGUGUUACUACCUUUGCACAAAGUGAAAUCUCUGAGUGUCUACCAUCCCCAGCUGGCGUACUGUGUAGUGCAGUUUUUAGAAAAGGACAGCACCCUCACUGAACCAGUGGUGAUGGCACUUCUCAAAUACUGGCCAAAGACUCACAGUCCAAAAGAAGUAAUGUUCUUAAACGAAUUAGAAGAGAUUUUAGAUGUAAUUGAGCCAUCGGAAUUUGUGAAGAUCAUGGAGCCUCUUUUCCGGCAGUUAGCCAAGUGUGUCUCCAGCCCACACUUCCAGGUGGCGGAGCGGGCACUGUAUUAUUGGAAUAACGAGUACAUCAUGAGUUUGAUCAGUGACAACGCAGCCAAGAUUCUGCCUAUCAUGUUCCCGUCCUUGUACCGCAACUCGAAGACCCAUUGGAACAAGACGAUACAUGGCUUGAUAUACAAUGCUCUGAAACUCUUCAUGGAGAUGAACCAAAAACUAUUUGAUGACUGCACUCAACAGUUUAAAGCAGAGAAACUGAAAGAGAAGCUAAAAAUGAAAGAACGAGAAGAAGCAUGGGUUAAAAUAGAAAAUCUAGCCAAAGCCAAUCCCCAGUACUCAUUGCAUAGUCAAGCGAGCGGCAUGAGCCUUCCGGUUGCAAUGGAGACAGAUGGGCCUUUAUUUGAAGAUGUGCAGAUGCUGAGAAAGACAGUGACCGACGAGGCUCGUCAGGCACAGAAAGAUCCGAAGAAGGACCGUCCUCUUGCACGCCGCAAGUCCGAGCUGCCUCAGGAUCCCCACACCAAGAAAGCCUUGGAAGCUCACUGCAGAGCCGACGAGCUGGUCUCCCCGGACGGACGCUAGCCUCCGGAGCGCCUCCCGGCUGGCCGCCACUUCCUCUCUGGAUUCUGUAGAAAACAUACUUUUUGUGCCAUACCAAUCAGUUACACUCAAAGUCAAAGCUUUCUUCGACCCCGUUGUAGGCAAUAACGUGCGUCCGCCUCAGCUCGAGAUUAGGAGUUCAAACAAUGGUGACUUCUCAGACCCUGCUGGCAGAGCCGUGGGCUGAUGAUGGUGUCCUCACAGUGUCGCCACCACCCAGCGUAGUCGUAAACAAGACUGUUGCUCAGAAUCAGAGCUAUAGGAAAGCACCCUGCUCCUCAUCUUCAUCUUCUACCCAGAUGGAAUUUGUGGUCCUUUAAAAUAGGUGGUUCUAUGAUAAUAUCAAUGUUUUUCAAAUCAAAGGAACACUUUAAAAAAUAUUACCUAUUUUUUAAGAUUUUACAACCUUUGAAAUUGUUUCCACGUGAUUGUUACGCCAGCAGGUUUUGUUUGUUUGUUUUUUUAAUCUCACUAAAAUGGCUCUUUCCUUUCAUGUUCUAACACACGUACUGGGAAAAGUGACAUGACAAUCCUCGGCCGCUGGUAUCUUCUAAGGUGUUUCUUUACUUUGAUUGACGACAUGUGUACCAUGUCUCCUUCUUCUUAUGUGUACCUAAAGCCAUAUUUCCAAGACUGUGGCACAGCACCAGGUUUCCAGGAGGGAGCUCAUAGAACAAAUUUAUUUUAAAAGAGCUUUCUCCGUCUACCUUAACUGAAAUUGGAAUCUAAAAAUUAUGUGUUGAUAUUUUUAUUUGGGGAUUUUUUUCAUCUGUUUAUACAUUGUUACCCUUCAAUAAGACUUUUGAAUUAAUGAAAUUAUAGUCUCUAAAAAUUCCACAUUCUGUAGAAAGUUAGAAUGAGAUCAUUUUGAGCUAAGGCAGUUCUUGGCGUAAUGCAGACUGCAGCUGCCUUUGGGCAUAAAGUAACAGAAAUGACAUUGUACUUGCCGGGCACUGCCACUGCCUGUGCUUACUGCUGUUAUGUGGUUCUGAGAGCUUAGAGGAAGCACCAAUGAGGGUGAUGUGAAGUGAAUCUCUUUCUGUGGAAAAGAGCACACGUUAUCAGCACCUCGUAAGGAAAAUACAGUGUCUGAGUUUUCAUCAGUCUUCAAAUGCUGCUAUAUAUUCACAGACUUCCUUGCAUGUACUGAGCUUUUGUUUUAGAUGGAAUAGCACGAGGAGAAAAACCUUUAAACUUAGUGCUUUGUCUAUUCUUUAUUUCUCUCAGGGUGGCCAGUAUUUUGACUUAUUUAUCCUGCUUGAAAGUUACUUGAGAUGUGUACUGCUAUUCUAAACCAGUGAUUCUAGUUUCUUUCGUCUCUGGCAUAAGAUUAUAUAACUUAAUGUUAAGUGUCUUGAUGCAUAAAGACAAAAUGUGGCUUCUUUUAGAAUCUCGUUUUUAAUCAAGGUCUCGGGUAUCCAUUAAAAGAUUGUGAAAAGCAGACAUUGUUCCUUGUGCAGCUGUGGUGCCUGCUGCCCAUUGGUGUCAUUUGCGUCCAUUGGCAAUGUUUAUUUCCUUGUGUCUUGGAGGAAAAUCGGGGGGGAGGGGUUUCUUGUGUUAAGGACAAGGCUAGUCCUCAGUUACAGGUGGCCCCGGCAGAAGUGGACACGUCCACUUUGUGAGAAGAACACUUCCUGAGAAACUUGACAAGUAUCCAUUUACCAUUAUGAAAUCUAUAAUUUAAAAAAAAUGUUUAGAUGCCUUCUCCUCUUGAGGGAAAAAGGGUGCUUUUUAUUGUAUAAAGCAGCGUCUUAUGUAUUUUGAUAUAUACCAUUGUUUGAACUUCCGUCUUUAGCUGAUAGAUUCUCAGAUAUCCUAGGUUUUGGAUGUUCAGUAUGUUUGUGAGAGAGGUUUCUGGGAAGACUCUCUUUUUGCCCUCGGGAAGAAGCAAAAUAUCAAUGUUUGGGUGAUUGUGUAAAGCUCAAUGUAUAAGAACAUCUUUUUGUCUAGGUUUUAUUUCUGCUCUUUAUUGAAGACAAACACUCACCAAAAAGGAAAAAAAAGUUUUGAGAGAAACAAAUUUUCUUUGGCAAGAGUAUUACUUAAUAUUUUGGCCUAUUAAAGUUUCCCUAGUUAGUACUCGGAUUCCCUGUGCUAAUUGUUCAACUUAUGUGUUAUGAUAUAGAUAUACUGUUUAUUCUGUACCAAACUGAUUUCAAAAGUACUACAUUGAAAAUAAACUGGUGACUGUUUUUCUUCAUAAAGUUCUUCGUUUGGCAUCUUUACUCUUUCCAAAAUGUAUCUGUACAUCAGAAAUGUCACAAUUCCGAGUGUCUUUUUAGUGUGGCUUUAGUAUGGCUUCCUUUUAAUAUUGUACAUACAUUGUAUCUUUGUUUUAUGGUAAUAAGUAAUAAAAAUGUAGACUUCAUAUUUUGUACAAAAUGUCCUAUGUACAGAAUAAAAAAGUUCAUAGAAACAGCAAAAAUAGGUAAGUGGCACAAUUAUUUUUCUUUAGAAAAUAUCUGUAACUUUAUGCUUCAGUGAAAUGUUAAGUACCUACAUAUUUUUUAACAUUUUGUAAUUCAAAACUUUUUGUUUUGACAUUGUUUAUGAAGAGAAACUUCAUACACUUGCCAUUUAAUAUGCUCUUUUAUCUAAUUUAAAAAAAACUCUACAAAAUGGUGUAUUAUAUGGACUAAAUAAAGAAUGUGUGGAUUUUA